AUGGACUAUGGAAGAAGCUCAUCAUUAAAUGAGGCCCAGAAAUUGUUGCAACCAAUAGUGGAACAAAAAGCCUGUGGGAACAGCGGAGUUGAGACUAUUACCGUUUCAACUACAACCGAAAAAGAAGUGAACUUAACAGUUACUUGCAUGGUUAUUAAUACAAUUUUAAUCACUAUUCAGAUGUUUGAUUCUGACGGGCGAUGCAUUCUUUGUGGAACCGCAAGACCGGAAGUACGGUCGACUGGUGUACAGCCGGAGGUCACCAGUAUCUUUGUGGUUGAAGAAGCUGCUUCUGACACAGAGUAUGAUGCAGAGUCAGAGGUGGUGCUCGGCCAGAGUGACUUAAUGAUGAAGCUGGAAAAGAAUGUAUCGGAAGCGUUGUACGGGCAACCAGAGGCAGAAGCAAUAUAUGCCCAGGUGAAGUCGGCAUCGCAAAGCCCGACCUUGUCACAAGUGACGUACACUGGAACUGUUUCACAAUUAUUGCAUGGCAAAGAUGUGCCCACAGCACAUUUGGUCGAAGUCGAAGCAAAGCAGAAAAAUGCAACCAAUAAACUUAUAAACAGAGUUGGAGAUUUUGAACAAUGUGUGUCACAGUAUGAUCGGCAGAAGAGCGAAAUACGGUUCAUGAGAAGCACUCACGUUCAAACUGACGAGUCAUACGCUCUGCGAAAUGCUGUUGCAACUGCAGAGGUUAGGCUCUUUUAUUCAAAAAGAAACGUCAUCGUCAAAAUAUGUUUUACAAACAGGUGUGCACGCAAUCAACAGAAAUCGAAAAGCAGGAGAGGCGAAGUCAAACAAAACUAUCGGGGUGAUUUGCAGAAAUUAUGCAUUCUAUUUCACAAGUGACC